AUGAAUGAAUCUAAUGAUGAUAAUAAAUUAAGACCUCAAUUUGGGACACGAUUUUUAACAAAUGAAAAUGAUGUUUUUAAACAUAAUGCAUGGGAUAAUGUACAGUGGGAUGAAGAACAAGAAAAGUUAGCACUUGAAAAAGUAGAAGCUAAUUCUCAAAAAAAGUUUAGUGAAGAUGAAAAGGAAUUACUGGAAAGAAACGCUGAUAAACAUUGGGAUUCUUUUUACUGCAUACAUCAAAAUAGGUUUUUCAAAGAUAGACACUGGCUGUUCACAGAAUUUCCCGAGUUAGAUGUUGAUAAUAAUUUGCAGGAAGGUGACACUAUUAAAAUUUUUGAAAUAGGUUGUGGGGUUGGAAAUACAAUAUUUCCAAUAUUACAAAACACUUCAAAAAAAAAUAUAUAUUUGUAUGGCUGUGAUUUUUCUAAAACUGCCAUAAAUGUCUUCAAGGAGCAUUCGCUUUAUGAUGAAAAUCGUUGCUUUGGUUUCGAAUGUGAUGUUACAUUAGAUGAGUGGAAUACACCUUUUGAAAUAAAUAGCAUAGAUAUUGUUAUAUUAAUUUUUGUUUUAUCUGCGAUAAGUCCUAAAAAAUUUGAACAUGUUGUAAAAAAAAUUAAAACUUAUUUAAAACCAGGAGGAAAAAUAUUAUUCAGAGAUUAUGGAAGAUAUGACAUGGCUCAGUUGAGAUUUAAAAGUGGAAGGUGUAUUGAUGAUAAUUUUUAUGCUAGGGGAGAUGGUACAAUGGUGUACUUUUUUACACAAGAAAUAAAGUCAUUAUUUGAAAAAGAAGGAUUUAUAGAAGAACAAAAUUUAGUUGAUCGAAGAUUACAGGUAAAUAGAGACAAAAUGUUAAAAAUGUAUAGAGUGUGGAUUCAAGCCAAAUAUAGGAAACCAUAUUUAUGA